ACGAGGCGAAGCCAGGCUGGGAGGAGGAGGGGUGCGCGGGGCUGGGGCUGAAGGAGAGGCUGCCUUGGGGCCUGCACCAAUCCCCGCCCUGCUCCUCGCUCAAUUCCCCCCCUCCCCGCCUGUAUUUUUUUUUCCUCAUCCAAAGAAGUUUGCAGCGCCCUUGGCUCCGCCUGCUUCUCGGCCAGCCUCCCAUCCCCGUUGCACACUCCGACAGACACACACAUACACACACACGCCUCCCCCGUGCAGGCUUGCCAAGCGCCUCCGAUGUGCACGAGCUCAGGCUCGCGGGCUUUAAAGCACAGGGUGCCCGUCGCUGCCCGCUCACCCGCCCGGCCCCUGUCCUCGCCGGACCCCCUUGCAGACAGGCUCUCCCCCGGCGACCUCGGGGGUCUCCGGGCUGCCGCGGACGCCUGGCUCCCACGCACGGGCAAGCUGAGGUUGGCAGGGAUCUCUGGCCCGGGACACCGCGGCAUCCGCUAGCCCGGAGUCUCCAAAGGUGCAACCUCGUAGCCCAUGAGCCGGUGACGACCCCCAGUCCCUGGGGGAUGGCGAGGCCCUCGAGCGACAGGUCCCCGGCCCCACAGCUGCUGGGCGGCCCGGCGGGAGGCGCGGCGCUGCACGGCUUGCGAAGCCUCCUGCAGGGGCCCGGGAAGACCAAGGAGCCGCCGGCCAGCUGUCUCCUGAAGGAGAAGGAGCGCAAGGCGGCCGGUGGAAGCGGCAGCGAGGACGUGGGGGGCCUUCUGGGGGUGUCGGGCCGGCCCCGCUCGGGCCCGGGGCCCGGAGCCCUGCUGGCCUCACUACUCUGGGAGCGGCCGCUGCCCUUCGGGGACGUAGACGACGUGGACCUGGACGCGUUCCUGCUGGAGCACGGGCUGCCCCCCAGCCCUCCGGACCCCGGGCCGCCCGCGCCUCGAGCGGCCCUCGCCCCCGGCGCCGCCGCCCCCUCCUGCUCUUCGGGCUCCUCAUCCCCUGCCCAGUCCAGCUCCUCCUCGCCGGCCCCCACGCCCACGCCUGCCUCACCGCGGCUGUCCCCGGGGGGACACGUAUUAGGCCGCCGGGCCCCGGGCGCAGGUGCUUCUUCAGGCUCUCAGCGCGCAGGUCCAGUCCCCCGGGACACCCCCAGUCCGGUGGACCCCGAGUCUGUGGAGGUGCUGAUGACCUUUGACCCCGACCCCGCCGACCUGGCCCUGUCUAGUGUGCCAGGCCAGGAUACAUUUGACCCCCGGAAGCACCGUUUCUCGGAGGAGGAGCUGAAGCCGCAGCCCAUCAUGAAGAAGGCCCGGAAGAUCCAGGUGCCAGAGGAGCAGAAGGAUGAGAAGUACUGGAGCCGCCGCUACAAGAACAAUGAGGCGGCCAAGCGCUCCCGGGAUGCCCGGCGGCUGAAGGAGAACCAGAUCUCGGUUCGGGCAGCCUUCCUGGAGAAGGAGAACGCCUUGCUGAGGCAGGAGGUGGUCGCUGUUCGCCAGGAGCUCUCUCACUACCGGGCGGUACUGUCCCGCUACCAGGCCCAACACGGGGCCCUGUGACUGUGCCGGGGCAGGCUCCUAUCCCCCCAGCCCCACGGACCUCCCCAGGACUGCCCCCACCUCACCCCCAGGACGUUGUGCCCCUCCGGUCGAUGGCCCGCCGCUGCCAGUUCUUGGCACACUGGGACUAGCAGGCUCUUCCCAGGACACUGCUGCUGGCCUUGGGGGGCCAGGCUGCGAAGGCCUUAGGGGCCAGGACCACAGCAGCUCCCCCUUGGGGCCUCCCUGCGGCCCAGGCAGGGACAUCCAGGAGCCAGAGAGGCUUAGGCAAGGCCGGGCACGGUGCUGAGACGCUCACAAAUCUAGCUAUAUAUAUAUAUUUUUUAAGAAAAAGAAGUGCAGACCCCCCCUUCCUCCCUGCUGGGGGGGUGGGCGUUGGGGAGGACUCAGGAGUCGGGGCCUUUCCCAUUCCCUUGCUCCCUGGCCCUCUCUGAUUGAAUAACUCCAAUAAACCAUGAGAAGCCAA